CCUCUUGAUGACAGAGUAAAACCUGUCAUUUCAUUAGCCAAAACAAAUGCAUUAACCUCAAUCGUUUGUGAGUCGAACAUGCCAAGUCUAAAUAACAAAGUGGCUUUUCAAAUUGAUAUUUGAAUUAUUGAUGAAAAUGUUCAAGUUAAAUAAUUCAGUGAAUUCGUUGUUACGGAAUUUAAGUGCAAUACAGUUGCAGUCACGAUGUGCAUCGUACGAGGGCCGUCAAUCGAAAAUGCUACAAAAGCUGAUGACGGGCAAAAGGAAGCCUAGUUUUAGGUAUGGUGAACACGCGAUACCAAAAUCCGAAGCACUUCAUGCAGUUAAAAAAGUGCCAUCGAAAUUAUCGGCACGACGAACGACCGUUUUGAAUAAAAUGUUCAUGCGCCAUGUGACGGAGUUGAUUGCAAGCGGUCCCAUUGGAUACGAAUUGGGUGGUCUUGGGCUGGAGAUUACACAAGUUAAAGUUUGUCAGAAUUACCAUGGAUUGAAUAUUUUCUGGACCGCAUCGGGUGCGGAUUUUGAGCAAGUCGAAAAAAAGCUGGAAUCAAUCGCCAGAAAAUUGCGUCAUGAACUGCAUCAAAUGCAAUUGAUGGGCAAUAUUCCACACUUGACCUUUGUAAGAGAUUAUCAAUUGUCGUAUUUCGAUGAAUUGGAUUCGGUAAUCGAAAAAGCCGAUUAUGGAGAGGAUUUCAAGCCAACGUUCACCAGAUUGCGAGAAACCGAUUUUGAACUUCAAAGCGGAGAAAACAAGACCGAAGAUAGCACCAAUUCAUCAAUACUUCCGAUGAGACACGAUGUGUUCGGAUUAAACCAUGCGUUGAUCAUGGGCCGAGUUAAACAAACCAUGGCCAAAUCGAAACAAGCAUGGAAAUCGUUCGAAGAAAAACAAUCAAAUCAAUCAAGCAACACCAAACCGUUCACAUUCAACACAUCGUUUGAGAGCAUACGAGAGGAGCAAGUGAAUGCAAAACAAUCGGAAAAUGUGCUACGGGAAUUCCUGCAAAAGCGAAGACUACUGCGAAAACUGAAACGUGCCGAAGAAGUCGAAUUCAAUUCAAAAAUAUUAGACGAAGAAGAAGCUUUGUACGAGCAACAUGUUAAUGAUUUGGACGAGGAAAUAAUAACCGACGAUCCAGUUGAAGUGGAGAAAUUCUACGAUGAACUCGAUCCAAUUGAAAAAUAAAAUUUACCUUACCUUUGUUAUUUAUCUACAUAUUAGCAAAAAAUGAAAAUAAAAACAAUUUCAAAUGGAAAAAAA